ACGCUAACAGUAGCCGAGAUUCGGUAAACGUGCUACAUGCAGCAGCUACGAUGCUGGGAAAGACUGUGAUAGUGACCGGAGCGAACAGCGGCAUCGGUAGAGCCACAGUGGCGGCGAUUGUGAAGCUCCAGGGCCGGGUUAUCAUGGCGUGUCGGGACCAGGCCAGAGCGGAGGAGGCUGCCCGGGACAUCCUGCAGGAGACCGGCGGAGCGGAGAGCAGGCAGCUGGUGGUUAAACAGCUGGACCUGGCCUCCCUGGAGUCUGUGCGCACCUUCUGCGAAGGGAUUCUAAAGGAGGAGCCUCGGUUAGAUGUGCUGAUCAACAACGCCGGAGUCUACCAGUGUCCUUACACCAGGACAGAAGACGGCUUUGAGAUGCAGUUUGGAGUCAAUCACCUGGGUCACUUCCUGCUCACCCACCUGCUUCUUGACCUUCUGAAGCGGUCUGCGCCCAGCCGCAUCGUGGUUGUCUCCUCCAAGCUCUACAAGCACGGUGAAAUUAACUUCGAAGACCUGAACAGUGAACAGUUCUAUGACAAGGCCUUUGCUUACAGUCGAAGCAAACUAGCCAACCUGCUGUUCACCUGUGAGCUGGCACGCCGCCUGGAGGGCAGCGGCGUGACGGUGAACGCUCUGACUCCAGGCAUCGUGAGGACUAACCUGGGACGGCACGUCCACAUUCCGCUGUUAGCGAAGCCGCUUUUUAACCUGCUCUCCUGGGGCCUGUUUAAAAGCCCGGAGGAGGGAGCUCAGACUUCAGUAUAUUUGGCCUCCAGCCCAGAUGUUGACGGUGUGCAGGGAAAGUGUUUUGCAGAUUGUAAGCCUCAGGACCUUCUGGAGAAAGCCACAAAUCAGGAAGUGGCAUCUAAACUGUGGGACAUCAGUGAAGUCAUGGUGGGCAUUACUGUCUGAACAAUGCAAGUUUUUCACAGCAGGGAAAUACCUGAAACUGAGAACUAUACAAUAACUUGGUUAAAUUACGCUAACAUUUCAUUAUGAUGCUGCAAUACAGACAUGUUUUUUUUUUUUUUUCAUUUUCUUGCCGAGUUGUUAACAAUACCUUGUUUAAAUUGCUAGCAUCUUGCUUUUUGCUCCCAGUUUCCUACAAUCAAAUGUUUCUAAUGUGAUCCCUUUA